CCGUGUUUUUGCAAAGGAGGACGGUUGCUGUUCAACGCCACCAAGGGCCGGGAGCGCAACAUCGCAGUGACAAGCCAUCUGUAAGGGGCGGAAAGAGAAAAAAACACCUUUGUUUUUCUUUUAUCCUUUAACCAUGAGUAAUAAACUAAAAUCAGGAUAUAAAUGAAACAAUAGAAAACGAAUUUAAAGUUUAAAUCAAUGGUACAGGAGGGUAUUAUGUCCAGGACGCCUUCCACCUCAACCCAGGAAAUCCAGAUGGACAUGUUCGACCACCACGGCUCUCACGCUCAGGGGAAGUAUGCUAAAAGGAAGAGUCGUUUUAAGCGCUCAGAUGGCAGCACCUCCUCAGAUACAACCUCCAACAGCUUUGUCCGACAGGGCUCAGCAGACUCCUACACCAGCCGUCCCUCAGACUCUGACGUGUCUCUGGAGGAGGACCCUGAGGCUCUCAGGAAAGUAGCAGAUAGGCAGGCUCUUGCCACCCUGGAGAAGGCAAAGACAAAGCCUGUUGCAUUUGCGGUUAGGACUAAUGUCGGGUAUAAUCCAGGGCCUAAUGAUGACGUGCCGGUUCAGGGCAUGGCAAUCUCUUUUGAACCCAAAGACUUCCUGCACAUCAAAGAGAAAUACAAUAAUGACUGGUGGAUCGGGCGUUUGGUAAAGGAGGGAUGUGAGGUGGGGUUUAUCCCGAGCCCGGUAAAGCUUGAGAGUACCCGACAAUUACAAGAACAGAGAAUGAGACAGAACCGCCUUAGUUCCAGUAAGUCUGGUGGAAGUUCCAGUCUGGAUGUUGCCACAGGUGCCCGGAGACCCACUCCACCUGGAACAGCUGACAUGUCCUCUGGGCUUUAUGACGAUGCUUUGGAUAUGGAUGCUGAAGAGGUGGAGACUGCCGACACCCGUGACCAUAAGGGUGUAGGCGGAAGUGUCACCUCCCCUCAAGGCAACCUGCCCCGCCUCCCUUUCUUUAAGAAGAUGGAACAUGUUCCCCCAUAUGAUGUGGUGCCUUCCAUGAGACCCAUUAUUCUGGUGGGACCGUCACUUAAGGGCUACGAGGUGACAGAUAUGAUGCAGAAGGCUCUUUUUGACUUUUUAAAACAUAAAUUUGAGGGCAGAAUAUCCAUCACCCGAGUGACAGCGGACAUCUCACUUGCCAAACGUUCCGUCCUAAACAACCCCAGCAAACACACCAUCAUCGAACGCUCCAGCACCAGAUCCAGUCUGGCGGAGGUACAGAGCGAGAUAGAAAGAAUCUUUGAAUUGGCUCGAACGCUUCAGUUAGUGGCUCUGGAUGCUGAUACCAUCAACCAUCCAUCUCAACUGGCCAAAACAUCACUGGCACCAAUCAUAGUCUACAUCAAGAUUGCUUCUCCAAAGGUGUUGCAGAGGCUGAUAAAGUCUCGGGGUAAAUCUCAGGCCAAACAUCUCAACGUCCAAAUGGUGGCAGCCGAUAAACUAGCACAAUGUCCUCCUGAGCUUUUUGACAUAAUAUUAGAUGAGAAUCAGUUGGAGGAUGCGUGUGAGCACCUAGCUGAAUAUCUGGAGGCGUAUUGGAAGGCUACUCACCCCCCUAGCAGCAACCCACCCAACCCUCUGCUCAAUCGUACUAUGGCCACAGCCGCCCUCGCAGCCUCGCCUGAACCCGUCUCUAACCUGCAGGGGCCAUUCCUGGUGCAUGGAGAACAGAAGAGGGAAGGGCCUGAACGUGGAAGUCUCCAAGACUAUCAAAGCGACCUGGGUGGAAAGCAGCCACUGCGCUCAUCACGCAGCCAGUUGCAAACCGGGGGGCGGGGUCUGUCACGGCAAGACACGUUCGAUUCGGAGACCCAAGGCAGCCGGGACUCCGCCUACACCGAUGACAUGGAGACCGAUCCGUACGAGGAACCAGACCCAUGCCGUUACCGUCUAAAUCCCGCCCACCAUGCUCCUCGCCAGGCCUCUUGGGAGGACGAAGGGGCGGAACCGGAUCAGGAGAACCUUAACGUGGUCCCACCGCCGUCCAGUCAGCAACAGCGUGGACGGGGCAAGCUGAGAGAGCGUUACUGUCAGGAUGCAGAAGGGGGCGGAGCAACAACGGGCCGUAACCAUAACCAGGAGGAGUGGAGCAGAGAUGUGUAUAUCCGCUAGAUCAGGUUUACCUGAAGCAGAGGAGAAUAUCAUAAAUAGAGGGGCGAGGGGUGGGUGAGGAGUUGACACUAUGUAGAAAUUAUUUGGAUCUGUUUACAACCCAGAGAAACACACAAUCUUUGACAAACGCUGUACAGCAAACACUGACAACAUUCGCAUUACUCAAAAAAAGCUUUCAGCCAUUACAAAUUUAGUUUAAUCCUGGUUUUUGAGGAGGAGCAGUAGGAAAGCCUCCGUCUUCAUUACUAUUUUACUUUUUUUUGUAUAGAAAUGCAUGACUCCUUAUCAUUAUGAGGUUAGUAACCGUUCUUGCUGAGCAUUAAACAUGAUUCAGAAUGUAUAACCAAAAUAUUGCAUUUGUAUGCGUGUUUGUGUGGGUGGGUGAGUGAGUGUAUGGUUGGGUGUGUGUGUGCGUCCUCUGUAGUCUUAAACAGGGUCUUUCUGAUACACAAGGGUCUUGGGGGUGUCCCAACAUUUGUUUCCCAGACCACUGCAGAGCGUGCCAAUGUUUUUUUGUUUUGUUUUUUGCAUAUUUUCUUUUAUUUCUUUUAUUUAUUUAAGACUCAAAAGGCCCGUCCUGUUUAUAGCCUCUAGUUUCUUCAGAGCUCCACCGCUGCUGUUUAUUCUUCCAACCUAGGAGGGGCGCUGUGGUGCUCAAUCACAUACUAUAGUUUAAUAGGGCUAACAAUGUGUAUCAAGGUUAAUCUAGAUCUGCUGCCAUUUAUAAAAGGCUAAUAUGCAAAAUUAGAUACCUCUCCGAGAGACAAAUAUUCAAGCUAAAUAUCAGUACAAAUGUUUUGAGACCACUGCUAAAGUCUAACACAGGUUCCUGUGAAAUUGGAAAGGUUACAGCUUUGUGUCGAUUGUAUCCAGUUCUGUCGUCUGUGCCUGUUCAAGGGCUUUCAGCAUUUGCCGCUUAAGUACCACUGCCAUUAGAAACAUGUUCUGCCUUAUGUGCGCGUCAGUCACACAAGUCAACCAAUUACAAGUGCCAGAAUCUUUCAUCAGGCCACGCCCGCUAUAACCAUAGUGGGUUGUCUUAACUCAGUGCAAAGCAUAUUGUUAUUGUGCGUGAUGGGUAGUCUACAUCGCUAGUUACUUUUACACAAACCAACGUGUUUAUUGCAUGCCAGUUUAAGGAUUCACUUUACAGCGUGAUUGCCAAAUUUACACACUUAUACUUACAUAUGCAUACACUUUAGUCCACACACCCACAUUGUCAAUAUCAAACUGCCAAACUCAUGCUUUUGCUACUGCUUUAUGUGUUGUUAUCUCUGUGGCCAAUUUAUAAGCCAGGAUUGCUUGUGUAUGUAUGUGCGUGUGCGAGCGAGAGUGAUAGAGAAAGAAUGACUUUGAGCCUCUUUUUACCCUCAGCUAUGUUUUAAAAUGAUAAAAUUCGCAAGAUAUACAAGUAGAUAGCUUACUAAAUAACGUUAUUGUUGCAUUAUCGCAAUUGUUUCAAAAUAUAAGGAAAAAUGUAUUCUUUGGUGCCUGAUUGUAGCUCCACUUUACUUUUUUUUUGUUUUUAAUCUGUGGAUAAAUUCAUAUUUUAAUUAAAAAUUUUGAUCUGGA